UCAAGUGUCUGGGCGAAUCACAUUAAUAUAUCGUACAUGACGCUCGUGUUACAUUGAAACUUAUAUUUCAAGUUCGUCGAAUUCGAAGUGAAAAUGCGUGGAAGUGUUGCGGACUUUUACGAUGGGAAAUCGAUUUUCAUAUGUGGUUCUUCAGGAUUCAUUGGAAAGGUACUUCUGGAGAAACUGUUGUACAGUUGCCCUGGGAUAGAAUAUGUUUAUAUCCUAAUAAGAGAUAAGAAAGCGGAUUUUUUGAAAAGAAUGAAGACAUUUUUGGAUAAACCGAUCUUCGAGAGACUGAAGAAGGAGAAUCCAUCGGCGUUAGACAAAAUAAUCCCAAUCAAAGGAGACCUCACGCUCAAGAACCUUGGUCUCACCCCUGAAGAUGAAAAACUUUUAAUAGACAAGGUAUCGAUAGUAAUACACUUGGCGGCAACGAUACGCUUCAAGGAGCCGAUCGACGCCAUGUUCAACAUCAACGUGUGCGGCACGGAGCGCCUGCUCACGCUGUGCAAGCGUAUGAACAACAUACGGAAAUUCGUGUACGUGUCCACCGCAUACUCUAACUCGGAGCACAAAGUCAUAGAAGAGAGGAUCUAUCCAGCGCCUAUCUCAAUAAACGAAAUGAAGAAACUUAUCAUCAACGGCCUGAGUGAUAGUCAAACUGAGAAAUUAUUAAACGGGAAGCCAAAUACGUACGUGCUAACGAAAUCUAUUGCAGAGGAGUAUGUUGCGUUGAACCACGGCCAUGUGCCGGCUAUUAUCGUCCGACCCGCAAUAGUGUCAUCGGCUGUGGCCGAGCCUCUUCCAGGCUGGGUGGACAACUGGGGAGGGGCUUCCGGACUGAUCAUGUCGGUGCUGGAAGGCCUCAAUGACAUGCUGCUGGCGAGAUCCACACACGUCCUGGACCUCAUACCGGUUGACUACGUAGCCAACCUCAUCAUAGUCGCCGCAACGAAAGACAGUUUUGAUGACGUUCCAGUAUACCAUUCAAGUACAAGCGAGUUGAACCCACUCAAUUAUAAACUUCUAAAAUACGUAACCACAGCAAAAAGAAUUUCAGUCAAUAACAACAACCGUUUUACGAAACCGCAGCCAAAACUUACAUACACGAUGUCCAGAAGUAAAAUGGAGCUGAUAACUUUAUUCCACAAGACUUUGCCAGCGCAUGUCGUAGACCUGUAUCUUCAUUUGAGAGGAAAGGAUAAAAAAUACACGAAGCUGUUGAAAAGAGGUUUAUUAUUGCGAGAAGUGCUGAAUCCGUUUACUUCAAAUUCGUGGGUUAUUCAUGCUCAAAAGUGCAUAGAGUUGGAAGAGUCAUUAUCAGAUUCUGACAGAGCUAUAUUUCCGGUUAACCCUAGCAAUAUCGAUUGGAAAGAAUAUCUUAAUUCUUAUAUAAAUGGAAUGUACAAAUAUUUGAUGAGCAGAACUCAGGUGAAAAAUUGAGAUUUA